AUGGCCCGUCGUGGCGCAGUCGAUAUCACGAAAGAGACUGUGAUGACGUUGAAGCCAGCACCGUGGCCGAAGGAGGCAACCCUGAUUCAAGCCCGAACAGGGAAAGUCAAGAAAGCAGGGUUGGGAGGCGAAAUAACGUCCGCCAUCUACAAGAAGGAACAUGACGGACCCCUAUUCUGCGAUGCAACAGGAUUGGAAGGUGACGACCACGCAGCCAAGUCGCACGGUGGCACAGAACGAGCUGUGCAUCAGUACAAUCCAGAACACUACGAAGAUUGGCAAACCGAAAGCGUUGCCAACCCGCACCUGUACGACACUGGCUCUUUCGGCGAAAACAUUGCUACGACAAACCUGAGCGAAGACAAUGUUUGCAUCGGCGACAUAUACCAACUCGGCGGCGAAGUCCUCCUCGAGGUCAGCGAACCUAGACACCCGUGCUACAAGCUCAAUGCACGCUUCGAGUGGCCGAGAAUGUUGAAGCGAACAAUCCAGACAGGACGUUCGGGCUGGAACAUGCGUGUGCUGAAGACGGGGAUGAUUUGCAAGGGCGACAAGAUGGUUCUGCUCAAGCGACCAUAUCCCAAGUGGUCCGUUCUCAACGUGCAGCGCGUCACUAGAGGCAAGCACGUCGCGCUCACUCUUCUUUCGGAUUGCAUCCAGCUUCCCAUGACCGAGCUGUGGCUGGACAUUGCCAGCACGAGACUGAGGCGAGCUCAGAAACGCUACACUCUGGUCGACGCUGAGCUCGUCACACCGCGCGUUCGAAGACUUACCUUCCACAUGAAGGAGACGCUGGUGUUGACGAAGCCAGAGUUUGACCCUUACGCAUUUGCAAUGAUCAACUUUGGACCUGAUGGGAGACUUAGCCGAUCCUACUCCAUUGUCGACGGGGACUUGCACCAGUUCAGUAUUGCUGUGUCUCUCGAUCAGAACUCCAGAGGAGGCUCAGCAUAUCUGCACCAGGAGCUCAAGAUUGGGGAUGAGAUCACCAUGGCACCUGGCGAUAAUCCUCGUGCUCAAGAGAACGACAAGAAGUGCGACGAGGGUCUCCCACUUGUUCUGAUCGUCGGAGGCAUUGGUAUCACUGCAUUCCUCCCAUCCAUCAGGCGCUGGGAAAGCAAAGGCUUGUCGUGGCAUCUUCAUUACGCCGUUCGCAGUGCAAGGGAAGCAGCAUUCUUGGAUCGCCUCCCCAAGCACAGGACCACCCUUUACGUAUCUGAGGAGGGCCAAAGGCUCAAUGUACAGUCUGUCAUUCCGAAGCUAGACACGCACGGUAACCCAAAGGCCCGCAUAUUCUCAUGCGGUCCCCGACGCAUGAUGCAGGAAUGUUCUCGCAUCACCGACGAGCACGGCUACCAAGAACAUAUGGUUCAUUACGAAGACUUUGGAAGCGGGGAAGGCGGUGAUUUCGGCGAGCCUUUCGAUGUCGAGGUUUUCGACCCGGACGAGAACAGGCAUGAGAAUCUCACGGUUCCUGCCAACAAAUCAUUGCUCGAUGUCUUGACAGAGGUAGGCUUUGAUGUCACCUCGUCAUGCCUGGCUGGUGCGUGUGGUGCAUGCAAAGUUACUUUAUGUAAAGGUGAAGUUGAUUACAGGAGCACAUGCCUUCUCUCGAAUCAAAAAGGGCAUGCCGUGCAAAGUUGUGUUGAUCGUGGCAUUGGAAAGAUCAAGAUAGAGAUAGACUAG